UGUCGCGCCUUCCCUAUCUGUUUGGGCACCACCUGAUCAACGGACGGUCCUAGCACCACCGCCCAGCUUCGAACUUCACUGCAGUGCGUCAGCAGGCACUGCCAACAGUGACAAUUGGAAGCUUUUCCCUUUCUCGCCAAGGCCGCUUCCUCGAGACCGUCUGACCCAGCACCCAACCUUUCAGCUCGACGUCAGUGGCAGUCUCGACUAUGGGUGUCUCAAUAACCAGGUCGCACCGAUGUUGCAGCAUGCGGAAUCCCAUCGCAAGGGCGCUGCUGUUGACGCUCCUCAUGUUUGCCAUCGGCGGGAUACUCCUUCGGUCUGAUAUGGAUGUGCGGUCGGCGCUGCUCAAGACGGCCGCAUCGGCCAGGGAGGCCAUGUCACUGCAGAAACCGCUGGCUUGGGAAGGGAGGGUGGAGGCCCCGCUUGAGCAGGAUGGUAGCAACACGACAGAGGAGGCGCCGACAACACUCUCCAACUCUUCCCGCCUCAUGACCUGCGACUACGACAUGGAGCGGUUCAAGAAGUGGCGCGACCUCUACCAUCUCCAGGACACCUUCGAGUAUGCGAAGCGGUACAUCCAAGUGACUCGGCAAGACAUACCCAGGAAGUCCGUGACGAAGCUGGACCAGGACUUCCUCGUCGAUGCCGUCAAGGUGGUGGACGUGAACAAGCAAUACCAGGGCGAGCAGUGCCCGGAGCCCCUCCUGAUCCCUGUUACGAAAUCACCUCUCCCCUCGACAGCCAACGCCUCCGACUUCAUGUUCGGCGUCUCCACCACCUACAAGCGGUUUACGGACCCGCGGACGAGCCCCAUCAACGAAUGGUCUUACUGGCUCACCGAUAGCAAGGGGAACUCGAACGGCGGAAAGCUGGUGCUAAUGCUGCUAGACGCCUCGGAUGACGAGCUCGCAGACGCCCACAACAAGCUCGCUAAGAUCGGCAUUGAUGUGGACGUCUAUCGCUCCGAUCCCAGCCUGAUCAUGGCAGUUCGCUACCUGGCCCUUGCACCGCAGAUGUACAACCAUCCGGACCGCAUCAAUAAGAAAUGGCUUGUCGUCUGCGACGACGACACCUUCUUCCCCUCCUUCCACGCACUCUCGGAUAAACUCGCUGAAUACGACCAUGAAUACCCCAUGUACAUCGGCACCUUCUCGGAGGACGUUAACAACAUCCAACGCCACGGCUCCCAAGCAUUUGGCGGUGCCGGCGUGUUCCUGAGCGUCCCCAUGGCCAAGAUCAUCACCGAGAGGUACGAGACGUGCAAGACGGAGGAAAAGAUCCAAGAGGCCAACACCGGCUGGGGUCCGCAGGGGGACAUCCUCCUACGAAAGUGCAUCUACGAAAACUCGGAGGUGAAGCUCACCCUGCUCAAUGACCUGUGGCAACUCGACUUGUUCGGUGAUCCCUCGGGCUUCUACGAGUCAGGCAUCAAGCCACUGUCAUUGCACCACUACCGCGGCGGCAUCUGGCACAUCGCGCACCCUUGGCACUACACGAAGGUGGCGCACGUCUGCGGCGAGGACUGCACGCUGCAACGCUUCCAGACCGCUGAUAAUUUCAUCAUCUCCAACGGUUUCAGCGUCGCCUACUACCCCAAUGGUAUUGACUUCGACCUGGGGCAGUUCGAGGCGACCUUCCACCCUGCGCCCGAGAACAAAGGGUGGAAUCUUGACUUCAGGAUGGGGCCCCAGCGACCGUCACUGCACAAGACGGGACGGAAGAUUUCGUGGGAUCUCCAGGACGCCACCGUGAACGAGGACGGUAGCGUGAGCCAGAUCUAUGUGUGUAAGCACGACGACUGGAGGUGGAAGAACCCUGAUGGCACACCCAUGAUCGACCUGGAUGGCAUCAUCGAACUGGUGUGGCUGCCGGAGAACUGAUCCAGGAAGAUUGGUCUCCUUCGUUUUGCUUCUUAAUCAAGGCUUCGGGUCGGGUUCUCUCAAGUCGAUGGGUCAUUGCUUUUUGUUUCGCUUUCGGGGUUGCCUGGCGAAGCGGCCAGGGGUGAGGGAGUUCUGCGGACAUUCAUAUAGAUGGCGUUCUACCUAUUUAUUUUUGGUCAUGAUCAUGGCAGUUAACGGCGCUGCGGGAAUGCUCGAGCGGGCGGAGGUAGUUGUGUUGAACUAUGUUAGCACUAUGCAAUUCAAUGUCUAUCACUAGACGGACAAGCUGGCGUCCUGCCCAUG